AUGGCCUUGGUCAAGCGGUGGUGUUCGGAGAUGCACACGUUCCACUUACCCCAUGGAGAAAUGGGUAUCACUUUGCAAGAUAUAGAGGUGAUGUUAGGGAUUCCGAUGGAUAGGUUGCCUGUCACUGGGAAGACAGACAUGAACUGGUGUCUGUUGCGCCGAGAGUUGUUGGGCCAUCAACCUCCGCCCUCGAUACCCAACAUGUCUAUCCUUGUUGGGGUGAGGAUAAGAUACAAGUGGUUUGAUGCACGGUUUGCCGCUCCCUCAGCUGCAGAUGCCGGUGAUGAAGUAGUGCAACGACAUGCCCACUACCACCUACUUGUUUGGAUAGGGGCCCUGUUGUUCAUGGACAAGUCGGCAAAUCGGGUCUCACUCAUGCCUCUACAGUUCCUCAACCCAAUCAGCAAUGUGAAACAGUAUAGCUAG